AACAACAGGGCCUUUCUCCUCCUCUCAUGUCUGCUCGACUGAGAGGACCACUUUGAUCCUCAUGGACGACAAUCAUUGUUAAAAGUCUCGCCGACGGUUUCCGGCUGAAUGGCGGUGGAGUAAGUUGUGUCUUGGCGUGCUCCUGCGGGGUUAGCUGUUUAUUGUUCGAUUAUUACCUGGCACUUUUUUUCGACUUCAAGAGAUACGUAACCUAUACAGUGAUCACUAUCUUUCUUUUCCUGGAUACUAAAAUGCCACCAAAGCCUGUUAAAGGAGGAAAUUCGAUUCAGUCCCACCUGCGGCCUGGUCCUCGUGGCGAGUCCUCGACCUGUGCUGAGUCAUCCCCUGGGUCGGGGGCAGCGGCCCGUGCCGCUGCAAUUAGUGAUACCAGCAGUCUUAAACAGGAGCUGCUUGCGGCUCUCCGGGAGGACUUUACUGCUAUACUUAAAGCAGAGUUUCAUGCUGUUCUUGGUGAAAGUCUUUCUUCGAUUAAAUCCGAGCUGCUAUCCUUCAAGAAGGAAUUGUCCUCUGGCCUCACUGCGGUGCAGGAGAGUUUUAUGGGGCUAAACGCAACGGUUGCUGAGAUGGAGAAAUCCUUAUCCACCUGCACUGAUGACAUCGGUAGCCUCCGGAAGACGGUAGACACCCUUACUAAAACUGUGGCACAGUUGGAGGAUAAACAUGAUGACUUGGAGUCCCGGUCCCAGCGUCAAAACAUCCGCAUCACUGGAGUCCCGGAGGAUGACCCUUUAUCGGCCUCGACGGCUGCGGUCUCUCGGUUGCUAAAGGAAGCCUUCGGUUUCGCGGAGGAACCGCUGGUAGACCGCGCUCACCGUAUCCCGAUCCCCAAACCCAAGGCAGGUGAACGCCCUCGCCCCAUCGUAGCUAAGCUACAUUACUACACUGACUGUGUGAAAAUCCUGUCGAAGGCAAGGGAGCUGCAGCGGAUCAAGAUGAACGCCGCCACGGUGCUGCAGAACACGCCCUGCUUUGAGGACGACUUGGCUGUGGCGCUGCACGAUGCCACGGGGAAAGAUGGUCAACUCGUGAACAGCAGCACGGCUUUGUUUGGAAUCUGCACGGGGUCUGAUAAUUCAUCCCAAUCAGCCCUGACAGAGCUCAGUGCAGGAAUCCGGAGGAAGAACAGAGCACGCGUUGAGUUUCUGCAUCCAUCUGCAGUGCUCGUAUCAGAAAAGGAUGAUCAGGAGGCUGUCAUGGUAACCUUUGACCUCCCUCAGUCCCCAUUAUUAAAGCUAAAACCUGUGCUGGUCUUGGCGUUCAAAAAGGCCCUCACAGAUGAAGACCUGGACGUCACUUUCUCCAGUCUGUCUCUUCAGCCACACACACAGUCUGCCUGCGCUUCAGAGGGAACGCUGUACAUAUUGCUGACAGGAAAAUCAUCAGAAGGAAACGCUGAUCAGCGAUGGGAGAUUUCUGUCCAGGCAAAAUCCCCAAAUAUGAAGCAAAACCUGAAAGACGUCCUCAUUGGUGGGAAACCCGGAAGCAUGACUCCACUUCUGCUUUUCUCUGUAGAAACAGGAACUAAUGGCAGGUCAGGUUCAUCGGUGGCCCCCUUGCAGGCAACUUCACGCUCCUUCCUCUGUGAGCUGAGGCGAUUCCUUGACGCCGUCCUGCCCCAGCACCGCAGUGACACCCCUCUUGUGCGACAUGACUCCCUGCAGUCCCUUCCUCGCCUGGCUCUUGACCCGUCCACCAGCGAGACCCUGCUGGCAGGAAUCAUUAACUCCUCGGCCUCCACUGUGUUUUCCUUUCACAGCUGGAGCUCCAGCAUCCCGGCGCGUCCGGGACAGCUGGCCCUCUCCCCUGCUCUGCUGGAGGAGGUCGGGCAGAGGCUGGAGAAGAAUGAGCAGCAGAUAAGGGAGUUGAUAAGGCAGGAAACGGUAACUCAAAGCGUGUCAGAGAAGCUGGGGAGGCUCAGAGAACUCAGCGGUUUUCAGAGGCAGGACCCAGCAGCAGAAGGAGAGAGCCAGUACAACGGCUUCCUGCUCCUGAAGGCCCUGCAGAUGGUCACCCGUACGUACAACAUACAGAGAAGGCUGAGGGUCACCAGAUCUGCCCCCUCAACCAGCCAACGCAUCUGCGGGCUGGUGAGUCUCACCAUGUCGUUCGAGGGUUUCUUCCUGGUCCCCAAGGAGGGCGACAUCGGCAACUGCCGCGGCUCGUGUGCCUUCCCGAUGUCUAACGGCAACAACCACGCCGUCCUGCUCAACUCCUACAUAGAGCGGGGCAACGUGAACGAGCGGGCGCCCUGCUGUGUGCCCGUGGCCUACGACCCCAUGGAGGUGAUAGAUUGCAAUGAAGAGGAGACCUUCAUCAUCAUCAAGCCGGACAUGGUAGCCAAGGAGUGCGGCUGCCGCUGAACCAGUUUCAUGAGCAGCUGAGCUCUGUUCUCCAGAGGGGGAGAGAGUUGCCGUCUUGUGUCGCAUGCAGUGGUAGAUUAACAGUGAAUGCACAUUGUUUGAGUAGAUUUCUAUAGAUUUUACUUUCACAUAACCUGAUGCAUGUUAGAUUAGUUAGUUUUGUCUCAAUCGAAAGCAUCAGUGAUAAAUACUUAUUCUCCAUGUCACAUUUCCUGCGCUCACAGAAUACAAUAAAAUAGCCGCAGGCAAAGCCA